AUGGAAGGAAUUGGAAGGGUGUUCAAAUUCAAGAAAGGGAAGAAUGAACCCCCAGAAAGCUAUCUAGGAGCCAGAUUACGAAAGAAGUCUUUGGACGGAGUUGAUAUGUGGACAAUGUCUAGCUAUGACUAUGUUGUGGCAGCCGUCAAGAAUGUUAACAAGAUGUUGCAAGGUAACACAGAGUGGAAACUACCCAAGAACGUGCCAACACCAAUGACAAGCGCAAGAUGGAACAUGGCUGCUGGAGUGGUUGAUGUAUCAUGGAUACCAGAAAUGUUGAACCUCGCUGAUUGCUUAACAAAACAAUUGACCCUGGAAAAAAGGGGAUGCCUGUACUAG